UACGUACACACUACUUCCUGCUCAGACAACCUUACAACCACAAGAGGAGCUAGACGGGAACGUUAGAAAGUAGAAGAUAUAACUUAAGUUAAUUCUAGGCCCUUUUACCUCAUAUGACGAGAAUCGGACCAAAUUUUGGGUAGCUAACAUACGGAUCUAGGUUGGACCUGCGUAGUUUUUAAAGAUUUUUCAUCGUAAGCUGUGAAAAAGAGUAAAAGGCGAGAGUAUGGCGACCGACGAAUUGGCACAGAAGUUGGCCCGCCGAGAUCGGAUAAACGAAGGGGAUGAGCAGGGGGACUCGCGCCGCGUGCAGGUGUUCAACGUGUACACAGAAUUCAAGGAGUUCACCAGGAAACAAAUCAAAGAGUUCGAGAAAGUGUUCAAAAAGUACGACACCGGUGGCGAUAACUUCAUCGACAUGAUGGAGUUGAAGUACAUGAUGGAGAAGCUGGAAGCUCCUCAGACUCACUUGGGUCUCAAGGCAAUGAUGAAGGAAGCAGACGAGGAUUUGGAUGACAUGAUCAGUUUCAGGGAGUUUCUACUAAUCUUCAGGAAGGCAGCAGCGGGUGAAUUGAUGGAAGAUAGCGGUUUAAAUCUACUAGCCCAGCUCUCAGAGAUCGACGUUGACGAAGAAGGUGUCAGUGGGGCCAAGAACUUCUUUGAAGCCAAGAUCGCAGUACAGACGCAAGAAGGCAAAUUCCAUCAAGAGAUUCUGGAUGAACAAGAAGAGAGGAGGCAAGAAGCCGAAGUGAAAAAGGUCAGGCAACAGCAGUUCAGAGAAAAGGCCGCCCUCUUUAAUUCGUCAUGAGAUAAUGCCGGCUGACGGAAAACAAUCAAGGGAUACAAGAAGCAGAGAGCCAUAUUAACAUGGGAGACUGUAUCGAACCUGGGUACUAAUUUUCGGUUGUUAGAAACUGCAAUUUUUGAAAUUAUUAUGGUUGUCUUUCCAUAUUUCGUUGAAGAAUCAGGGAGAGAGAAAAACAAAUACACACCCCGGACUGCCUACUUUACCCUUGUUUUCUAUUCAGCCUCUCCUGUGCAAAUUUUCAAUACCUUAAGGGGACCGUUUAUCAAAAAGUACAAUUAAUCCUGCUUUAGUGACCUUCUAUACAGUACAUCCCAGAAAAAACGAAACCAAGAAUUAUCUAUGUUUUAGCAUAACUAAAGCCUUGGUUACAAAUGCCAAUUUGAACUGUUACGAACGCCAUACGAACGUU